AGUGCGAGGGCUUCCAUGGAGGAUUUCGUAUGUGAAACGGGACACAAAUUCGGGGCUCCUCAAAUCGCCUCUAAAGUGAAUAAUUUAAUGUUGAAUUUUCAAUGAGGUGGACAAUACGUGCAAAGAGGGACUGACCAUAGCCAGCAGUACCAUUGAUUGUUCCUUCCACGCGAGGGAUGUGCAGAGUUAGACGGACUUUGGGGAGAUAAGUUAGUUUUUCAUGCAGUGAGUGUGAAGUGGCGCCCAUCAGUGUGUUGACUAAUCUUGAAAAUAAAUUGUAACAUUUCCGCACUCCUACUGCGGGAUCCAUAUUUCUUAUACUGCAACCGCGUGAUUGUGUGCCAAGGAAAUCGAUAAAAGGACUCUCCUUAAUUUUUUCAUUUUCUUGAAAAAUAAAUUUAAAAAAUUGAGAUCACUUCAGCCAUCACCAGGUGAAUACUGAAGGUGUGCAAAUUCUGACCUGUGUGGUCAGGAGAAUGCGUGCGCCACAGCCAGAGUGAGAAGAAGAAGUCUUCGGUGAGUGACCAAGUUCUGUCCGCAAAGUGAAUGAGUCUUGUGGCAGCAGUGAGUGGGUAGUGAAGAAGUGGAAAAUCAAUAUAGUGACGGGGUGCCGGGAAAGCCGAAGAGGCAGCGCGAAAAAAAAGCCAGGCAAGUGUCUGGUCGAAGGGGGGUACACCGAGAGAUUCCCCCCACAUUACGUGAAAUUCCGCGUGUGUAUGUGUGUGACCCAAAUAUCCCCUAUGCCAUCGUCAAGUGCAUCAACGUUUGGUAAGAGCACCACCAGCAUUAGUAUCAGGAGGCGCCCAUUUGUAUUCCUGUCCAACCUACUGCGCCGGAGGAAGGUGCUCGAGAUCGACGACAUGAUGUUUGAGCGUGGGAAUCGGGAAAUGAAUCAGAGAGCCCGCUCUGAACCAUCAGUGAUUAGCUAUAGUUGCACGCAAAUGAAUGCCGCCACCAAAGCCGCCUCCCCAUCAAUAUCCACCCUCACACUCACCCCAGGACGGUGUCGUGAUAUUGAUCAGGACAUGCAGGCAUUGCGACUAUCGCGUCAGGACAAUCCCUUUGUGCAGAAAAUCCUUGCGAGUCGUGAGAGCUUGGUGGACACGCUGGACGAUACGGUGUCCGAUGAUGCCAUCCUCAUGUCGCAGGAGUUCAAUCCUGAGCUCGAAUCGGAUCCCUUCACACUACCCGAGGUGCAGGAGCAUAUGAUUCGAUCCCCGCCACCCACAACAUGGCCCAGAUCCCCACAUUUCAGCAUAUUCAACUUCUCCCAGGAGAAUGUCCUCACAGUUAGUUCACAGAGCAGUGAGGAGGAUGCACCAAAUUCACGAUCCCGACUGAAUGAGAUUUUCUCACCGAAUCGACAGAUUCAGGUGACGACGGCUGAAAUAUCUCCAGCGCCAAAUAUGAGCAAAAGCAGGAAUUGUGUGAUGCUCAAGGAACACGGUGGGACGGCUCUUCCUCGUCCCCAUAGUGCUCAUCAUUGUGAAUCAGAUAGAUCAACAAUCCCACGUCCUCUGAGUCACUACGAAGGACCUCUUAGUGUACGGAAUUUUAAAUGAAUGAAGAAUCCCAUUUUUUCUGAGCAUUAUAAAGAGCUAAAGCAUGAUUAACUAAAGCUACACAAUUUUCAAUCCAACUUCUGCAGAAUCCUGAUAUUCACGAGAGAAUAUUCAUUCCUACAUAGAAAAAAUAUAUAUUUAUUAUAUUAAAUAAAAUAUAUUUAUGAGAGAUUUAUUUAGUGAAAAAAAAGUUUUUUGUAUCCAUUUCAAUUGAAUUGAAAUUUAGUUUAUUUUACAAAAAGAAAAAAAGUAAUUAAAUAGAAGAUAUAAAAUAAAAAAAUAGCCAAGUGAUAUGAGAAGCAUUCCAAAUUAAAAAAUUAAAUAAAAUAGAAAAAUAAAUAAUGCUGAUACAAUUAUUAGAUUUUGAACUACCAUUAAGACGAUUAAUGCAGAAAAAAAGUAAACUAAAUGUUAAUAAGAAAAGUUUGAUAUUUGAAAAGGAAAUAAGAAUGAAAAAUUAGUCAAUUUGCCGAAUGGAAGUAAAAACUAAAAGAAUAAAUUAAAUUAACUAGCAUAUAAAAAUCCUGUUCAAUAAAAAAAAUUCCAUUAAUUUAUAUAAAUGUUAAAAUAUUCGAAAAGGAAAUUAAGGAAAAAAAUUGUACGAUUGAUAUUCAAAAAAAAGGAGAGGAAAUAUCUAUUAACGUGUUUUCAAUCGGAUAUCAGGGAGAUGUAAUUUUUGUAUUUUUAACAUUAUAAUAUUGUUCAAUCAGUAAGUUGUGUUUUUUAUUAAAAAAAAUUUUUUUUUGCCAUUUAAUUUGCAAUCAUUUUAAAAUUCAAAUAAUAUUUAUUACAAAAAGUACUGUAUUUGAUGAAAUAAAAGAAAUAUGACUUGAAGUCAUGCUAUGAGAUUAAAA